AUGUCUGUGCUCGUGGUCAGUGCUGCAGACGUCGCCCAGCUCACCGCGACGCUCUCCGCUCGCUCGCUCUGCGACGUGAUUGGCAAGACUAUGGCUGCCAUCCAUGCGAACGAGGACUCGAAGGAGGUGCCGGCACCCGUGCAAAACCCGCAGCGCAUCGCGACCGAGUCGGCAAACCACAAAACCCUUUACAUGCCCUCGCGACUAACGACCGCGGACGGCCCAGCGACAGCCAUCAAAGUCGUCUCCGUCCCGAAGCCGAACUGCACCCUGCCUGGCCUGCCAGCCACAACACUUCUGUUCGACGAAGAGACGGGAUUGACCAAGGCUGUCGUUAAUGCGGCAGAGUUGACGGGUCUACGGACGGCAGCGGCUUCGGCUCUUGCAACUACGAUCCUUGCCUCGCCCGCAUCGACCAAUCUCGUCGUCUUCGGUUCCGGCACUCAAGCCUAUUACCACGCGCGUCUGGUCAUCCAGCUCUUCCCGUCAAUCAAGAAGGCGACUGUCGUCGUGCGGAAGAUCACGCCGCGCGCUACCGACCUUGUCGAGCGGCUAUGGACAGAGGCGCCGAGUGUCGAGAUCGACACUCUGACGGACGACAAGGCGAGUGAGGUGGUCAAGGAGGCCGACAUUAUCUGCACCUGCGUACCCUCUAAAAGCCCCGUCUUCGACCUUCACGACCUGAAGCCAGGCGUGCAUAUCAACGCCAUCGGAUCCUACACACCCUCGAUGCAAGAGUUCCCGCCCGCACUCAUCGCUCCUCUCACCUCCUCUUCCACCUCUGACUCACCUCACAUCCCCACCAUCCUCGUCGACUCCCCCUCCGCCUGCCUCUCCGAAUCCGGCGAGCUUAUUCACGCGCGCAUCUCUCCCUUUUCCCUCAUCCCUCUCGGCUCGCUCCUUAGCGCAGACGGGACGCUCUCCCCCUCCUCGACUACACGGGAAAAGCUAGCGAGGUUGAGGGAAAAGGGACGGAGCUUGUUCAAGUGUGUUGGAGUUGGUGGGAUGGAUGUGAGUAUUGCGAGGUUGGUGGUGGAGGAGGCGGAGAGGAGAGGUUUGGGGACGAGGAUGCCGUUCUGA